AAAACAUAAGAAGAAAUUUUAACUAGCACGAGCAUCAAAGUGCUAAGAGCAUGCAGAGAGUUAAGCACCGAAGAUAAGACAUCAUCGGCAUAUUCUACGAGCGCGGCCGUAUGUCCUGGCCUUUUAUCAGGAUAUGACACACGCGCCAUAGAUAGCAGCGACAUGAAAUUAGACAACGAGUGCCAAAGUCAGCGAUCCUACCGUUUGGGACCGACAUAAAUUCAACGUUAGACUGGGAAUGGUAAGUUUAGGGUGGUGAUUUUCGGGAUUAGGAGUUCAAGGUUUAAUCUAGGCAUCCUCUAUGAGUGUAAGGUUUAUUUCAGACUUUACUCGAAGAUAUAUGAUGGAUACUUCUGAGAUUUCCGAGUGUGUCCGCACCGAGAAGAAGCAACGUCUGGAUGGCGAGACACAGCCACUUUCCCCAACAUCAAUGGUGGCUGUAACCAAGGUUUUGGACGACGACAAUCUUCUCAGGGAGAUCAUCGUCCGCGUGGUCUUCCCCACCACCCUGGUCCGCGCCGCGCUCGUCUGCAAGCGCUGGUUUGGGCACGCCUCCGACCCUGCCUUCCUCCGCCGGUUCCGCAAGCUCCACCCGCCCCGCCUCCUUGGCUACUACAUCUCAGAGGGGCCGUCGGCGGGGCAGCUAGAUGCUCCACGCUUUGUCCCGAUGCUGCCUCAGCCCGCAGAGCUUGCCACUGUCAUGCCCCGCCUGGCAGGUUAUACAUUUGGUGCACACGACAUAAUGCACUGCCGGAACGGCAGCGUACUCACCAAGCGCCAUGAAAGAACAAGAUUGACACAUGGAGUACACCGCCCGCUAUGCGCCGAGAAAGGCAUGAAAUUCGUCCCACCAUGCCCGCGCGUCCAGGACCAUAGUAUCCGUAAGUUCAGUGCAAUCCUCUCCAAAGAAGAAGCCAGCGGCUUGUCCUACUUUUGUGUGUUGGGGGAUUCGACAGAGGAGGCAGGAAAGUCCACAGCACGUGUCUAUAUGCUGCAAGAUGGUGUCUGGUGCCUGCGUACCACAGCCACUUGCCUCCACGAUCUGUAUUCUUUCCCAGAAGCUGUCCUCGUCGGCAACAAAAUCUAUAUGCCAUCCGCCAGUAGUGACGACAUUAUUGUCUUGGAUAUGACGGCCUCAAGUUUCUCCACAGUUCAGCUCCCACAAGGUGUGAGGUAUGACUACUUCAAGACCAUGCUGUCAGGGGCUGAUGAUGCUUCCGGUGUAUAUCUCAUGCAUGUUAUGGACUUUCAACUUCGCAUUUGGCUCCACAAGGGGGACAACUGGUUGCUGAUCAAUACCAUUUGUUUGAAUGAGAUGCCUAUUUUAGGGAUGUCAGAUCACACGCUUGAGGGUAAGGAUAUUGCUCAUGCGGUGAUAAGCCAGGUGGGAGACAAUGGUCAGUUCGUAUUCCUGAGGAGUGCUCAAUGCAUAUUCUACUUGGAUAUUAAGUGCAGAAUACUGCGUAAAGUGUACGAGAACAGAGUAAAUCAUCAAUGGUUUGGUGAUAUCCAUCCUUUUAUGAUGGUGUGGCCUCCCUCAUUCCCUGCCCUUGAGGGCGAUCCUGCAAGAAAUGCCAUGUGAAGAUGAAGGGUGCCAUCCAGGAAUAUAAUAGAGCCGCGUUUCCUUAGAAGCAGCUCUUACUGUGUUCACUAUAACUUGCACUUGGAUUAAUUUAGGAUGCUGUGUAACCGGAUCAUGUACUCCUAUCAAUCUAUGCUAGAUAGGGGUCCUAUCCCUAUGGUGCCAUGACUGUUUAUGACAGAUCUUUAUUUCCUGAAGGAGACCCAACUGCUUUUGCCA